AUAAGUAUAGAUUUAGCCAAAAAAAAAAAAGACAAAUAAUAGAGAUGUAAUUGUCUCUGUUAAGAAUCUAUAAAUCCGCAAAAAUUCUUGUAUACACGGCAAAAAUUCUUGUGGCAAGUUUUUCUGCAGCCAAUCCAUGGAUACCAAGAGCAACCCAAUUACGUUGAUGCUUUCCCUUUUCUUCUUGUGCCUAUGUCUCAAGUCCCAUAUCUGCUUUGGAGCUGACACCAUCACAGCAAACCAGUCUCUCUCUGGUGACCAAACCAUUGUUUCAGCUGGUGGGAAAUUUGAACUGGGUUUCUUCGAGGCAGGUAAUACUGCAAACUACUACAUAGGCAUGUGGUACUACAAGAAACUAGUACCAGACCAAACCAUAGUCUGGGUGGCCAAUAGGGUGCAGCCAGUCUCUGAUAGAUUUUCUUCAGAGUUGAGAAUCUCAGAUGGUAAUUUGGUAUUGUUUAAUGAGUCCAAAACCCCUAUUUGGGCCACAAAUGUCAGUUCAAGUUCAGCCUCUUUUAUACACGUAGUUCUUUUAGAUAAUGGAAACCUUGCGCUAAGAGCUGGGUCUUUGCCUUUAUGGCAAAGUUUUGAUCAACCAGCCCACACUUUUCUACCAGAAAGCAAACUUGGGUUCAACAAUGUUACAAAGCGAACUCAACUCCUGACUUCAUGGAAGAAUUCUGAGGAUCCUGCACCGGGUCCAUUCUCUCUUGAGCUAGACGCAACAAGCAACUCAUUUAUUAUAAAGUGGAAUAGGUCUCAACAGUAUUGGACAACUGGAUUUUGGGAUCAAAGCAGACAUAGGUUCAGUUUGCUUUCCGAGAUGUUGAUGCCUAACCAUAUCUUCAAUUUCAGAUAUGUUACAAACGAAAAUGAGAGCUACUUCACCUAUUCUCUUUAUGGUGCUAACAUCACAUCUCGAUUAAUAAUGGAUGUAUCGGGUCAAGUUAAGCAACUGUCCUGGUUGCACACAGGGGGAUGGAAAUUGUUAUGGAUUCAACCAAAGAAUCACUGUGAUGUUUAUGGUCUAUGUGGGGCAUUUAGUCGUUGUAGUGAGAAACCCUUGCCCCUCUGUAAUUGUUUGAAUGGUUAUGAACCGAAAUCCAAGGUGGAUUGGGAUUUGCAGGAUUACUCCCUAGGGUGUUCAAGAAAAACCAGGCUGCAGUGUGGAAAUGUUACUGGUGUUGAUGGGAUGAGUGACCGGUUUAUAGAAAUGUCUAGCAGGCUAUCAUCCGAAGAUAUACAGAUUCAGAAUUUGACUUAUGUUCAUAGUAUUGAAGACUGUGAAUCAAUUUGCUUAAAUGAUUGCAAUUGCACUGCUUAUGGUUAUAGCAGCUCUUCUUCUGAAUGUUCAACUUGGAAAGGAGAUAUGUGGGCGGAUGAAAAUGGAAGAACUUUAUACAUCAGAACAGCAGCUUCUGAUUAUAAGAAUCCCACAAGUAGAAAGCGAACCAUUGUAAUUGCAACAGUCUCAGCAACUGCAGGGUUGCUUACAAUAGUCUUUGGCCAUUUUUUAUGGAAGAAUACUUUGGGAAAGAGAAGUGAAACUAUAAAGAAUCUUAGCGCUGCUGGUGUGGAGAAUGAUACAGAACUACCACUAUACAGUUUAAGGAGUAUAUUAGUGGCUACUAAUAACUUCUCUGAAGCGAAUAAACUAGGAGAGGGAGGAUUCGGCCCUGUUUAUAAGGGGAUUUUGCCUGAAAAUCAAGAAGUAGCCAUAAAAAGGCUAUCAAAGAAGUCCGGGCAAGGACAACAGGAGUUCAUGAAUGAGUUAAAGCUUAUUGCGAAGCUCCAACAUACCAACCUUGUCAGACUCUUGGGUUGCUGCAUUGAAGCAGAGGAAAUGAUAUUGGUGUAUGAGUACAUGCCAAAUCGAAGUUUGGACAAAUUUUUGUUUGAUCCAUCCGAAAAGACAAAACUGGAUUGGGGUAGACGUUUUAGAAUUAUAGAAGGUAUAGCUCAAGGAUUGCUUUAUAUCCACAAGUACUCAAGAUUAAGAAUCAUUCACAGGGAUCUAAAAGCAAGUAAUAUUCUAUUGGAUGGAACAAUGAACCCUAAGAUUUCUGACUUUGGAAUGGCAAAGAUUUUUGACAUAAAUCAAACUGAAGCAAAUACUAACAGGGUUGUUGGGACCUACGGUUACAUGUCACCUGAGUAUGCACGUUAUGGUCAUUUCUCUGAGAAAUCGGAUGUAUUUAGCUUUGGAGUUUUGUUGCUGGAGAUUGUAAGUGGAAAGAAGAAUGCUGUUUUCUAUCGUUCUGAACGUUCACUAACUCUCGCUGGAUGGGCAUGGGACCUAUGGAACGAAGGAAGGGGAAUAGAGGUGAUUGAUGCAUCAAUAAGGGAAAUAUUUCAGGCUCAUGAAGCUUUAAGGUGUAUCCAUGUAGGACUUCUGUGCGUUCAAGAAUCUGCAGCUGAUCGACCUACAAUGGCGUCAGUAAUUCACAUGUUGCAGGGAAAUGAAGCUACAUCUCUUCCACCCACCAAAGAACCUGCUUUUUCAACACAGAAGAAUUUCAGUGCUAUUGGUUCUUCUCAAAGAUCUACCAAUUAUUCAAACAAUGCACUCACGAUUAGUUUGCCAGAAGCUCGAUAGACGUUUCAACAAUGUUUCCUUUCUUCGACACAUUCAAAGUUAGAGGUAUAGCAAUCUGUUUUUGUUUUAGUUCCAUGACUACUAUUUGGAUUUGGUUGUCCUAUUUUGAGGUGUGAGUCUUUAUGGACCUUAACUAUGCCCUAUUAGUUAUUUGGGAUAAAUAAUAUCAUGGAGGAGGUCACUGGUUUGAAUUUCAAUAGAAUUAAAGGAUGAGUGGGAUGAAAUAACAAAGAUAAAAGGAAAUCUAAAAUUAUGGAGAGGACCAUGUAUAUGAGAGGACCAUGUUG